UUGGAACAUUCUCAAAAAUGUGUGACAAACUUGUGAACAUUGGAAGCACCCAGAACAAUGAGAGUUUUAACAGGACUGUGGCCUCCAAGAAUCCAAAAUCUCAUUUUUACGGUGGAUCGGAAAGUACAGCUUUCAGGGUAGCUUCAGCUGUAGCCCAGAGAAAUGAUGGAGCAGGUUUUAUAUCAAAGGUGUACGAGAAUUUGCUUUUGUCACCCGGAGAAAACACUGCUCGGUACAUAGAGAAAGAGAAUAGGAAGAGAGAGUACCAUAGACAGCAGAAACAGAGUAUUAAGUACAAGAAAAGACGCAGAGAGCUUAAAUGUACAAUGACUCAACAGGUUUCAACAUCAGAAAUAAAAGAAGGAGCUACAUAUCAGCCUGCGGUAGACCUCGAACCCUCUGAUAUGUUGACUGAAGAGAUACCGUCACAGCUCCAGCCACCAACUAGUAGUGCUCACAUUGUACAGGAGGCUAAAAAUACUUUCCUCUACUUCGACUUAGAGACAACUGGUUUAGGCACAGAAUCCAGCAUAGUGGAACUUGCUUGUGUCUACAAGGAUAACAUCUUUCACAGAGUUGUGUGCCAUCCUUAAGCUUGGUAAUGUAUGGUAUAUGAAUGUAAGUAUUUCUUCUUUGCUCUGUGUACCGACUGGUAAUUACUGUAAGUAUAUUCUGUGUUGUGUCAUUGUUUUUACUAUAUGUGUGUCUGUGUCACUGUCCAUGUUGUGUGCUUUAUAAUUCUGCUUCAUCCUUCUCUCUUUUUAUGUUUUUUUUGUGAUGUGAGUAUAUUUUUUUUUAUUUUUGUAUGUUUUCAUUUUUAAUUUAUUUUUCUGUUUGUUUUAUUUCUUCCUUUCUUGUGCAAGCUGAAAUAAUUUAUAUUCUUAUUAUAGAUGUUUAUAGAUUAUUUUAUUAUUAUUUAUGAAAUAUUUUUUAUCUUGUACAUUUUCUUCACAUAGUUUGAUAAGUUUCUAUUAAAGUUCCCAUCCUUUAAUUUUUCUUUUAUUAAACUUCAUUGCUGAGAACAAUAACUUAAAGCAUUCAAGCAGUAAUUUCUGAUUAAUAAUGUUUUUCUUAAUGUAAAUACAUAUUAUGUACAUACAUUUCUGAAAUUUCACCCAGUGUAUUUCAACCCUUGGUAAUUAAAGAAGGAUAACUCUUAUAUUAGGAUCUUUUAAUCCAGAAAAAAUUAAAGACAUAAAAUAUUCUUCAUUUUCAAAUAUUUUUUCAAUUUCUUUAUAACAGUUUGUUAACAUAUAUAUGCACAUUGUUCUUGUAGAUUUCCAUGGAAUAUUAUCCGUUUGUUUUCAAGAAAUGAAGUUUUUCCAGUUUUAUGUCUAUUUUUUUGGCAAAUAAAAAAAAAUAUAUGACCCAUAUUUUGGUCUUUCUUGUUUA